AUGUCACAAACUAAAUCAAAGAGACCUUCAAAGAUUGGUCAGUAUCAAGUACUUCAAACGCUUGGUACUGGCUCAUUUGGCAAGGUUAAAUUGGCUGUACACGCGCUCACUGGGCACAAAGUGGCUAUGAAGAUCCUCAAUAAGCGUAAGAUACACAGUCUAGAUAUCAGCUCCAGGGUCAAGAGGGAGAUACAGUACCUGAAGCUCCUCCGCCAUCCCCACAUAAUCAAGUUAUACGAGGUUAUUUCUACUCCGACUGACAUUAUAAUGGUCAUGGAGUAUGCUGGCAAUGAGCUUUUUAAUUAUAUCGUUGAACGCGGCAGAAUGCCCGAGGAUGAAGCUCGCAGAUUCUUCCAGCAGAUCAUUUGCGCUGUGGAAUACUGCCACAGACAUUCCAUAGUUCACCGCGACUUGAAACCGGAGAAUCUUCUUCUAGACGACUUCAAUAUGGUCAAAAUUGCAGAUUUCGGUCUAUCGAACAUAAUGACUGACGGUGAUUUCCUUAAGACGAGCUGUGGUAGUCCAAACUACGCAGCACCUGAAGUUAUAUCGGGCAAGCUAUACGCAGGUCCUGAGAUUGAUAUCUGGUCAUGCGGUGUUAUCCUAUACGUCAUGCUCUGCGGAAGAUUACCUUUCGACGAUGAAUUCAUUCCUAAUCUCUUUAAGAAGAUAAAUGGCGGUGUUUAUCACCUUCCAAGCUACCUUUCUCAAGAGACCAAAAGUCUACUCACUCAAAUGCUCAUCGUAGACCCUGUCAAACGCAUUACUAUACCAGAGAUACGUGAUCUGCCUUGGUUCAAGGUCAGCCUUCCCAAGUACCUAGAACCGCUCCCACCAACGACGCCAUCGAAUGAGAAAGAAGAGCCACCAGCACCUUUGCCUGAGAAUGAUGCUCAGGUUAGUCCGGAUCUCGGACCGAUCGACCGUAGCAUCGUCAACGACCUCGUUGAAAAGAUGGGACCGUUUGACAUAUCGCAAAUAAUAAACGAGCUGAAAUCAUCUCACGACAACCAAUUUAAAGUCGCGUACCAGCUUGUGCGCGACCAAAAGAGAAUGGUUGAGACAGCCGGCGACAGACAAGACCAAGCGAUGGAUAACUUCCUAUCUAGUUCCCCACCUGCGUGGAAUGCAGGUCUCGAGCAUAUGACAGGGUCGCGGAGAUCGACGUCGAUCAAGCGCAAGUCGAGGAAUGCCGCAGCAGCUGCAGCUGCGGCCACUCCUGCACAAGAGAAACAACAGCAACCUGAAGACUACGAUGAAUAUGAUGAAUUCGACGAACUCGAUGACUUUGAUUUGGAAGAGCGUUUUACUGUGCUCGAUUCGUCACUCCCGCAGAACAACGAGGAUGAUGGCGUGGGUGCCAGCUCGACAGCGUAUAGGAUGGAGUCUCUCAAGCUCAACAGCGGUGGAAGAGGGGAGCGCGGAGAGAGAAAGGAUCCCACUAAGGUACUCCAGAGCAGAAGCUCGCAGCCUAUCAGCGUCGAGCCCAUGUCGACAAUCCCAGCGCCCUCGAGCGGUGCAGACGAGCGUGAGCGCGAGCGUGAAGGAGAAGGAGAACGUGAACGCGCGCGUGUUCAUGAACGUGAUCGUGAUCGUGAGCGCCACGCUAAAGAUACCAUUAAUCACGUCUCUUCGGCAGCAUCACCUAAGGACAAAGAGAAGGAUAAGGAGAGAGAGAAAGGUGGUGCGACAACCUCCAAAAAGUCAAAAGCUUCUAAAUGGCACUUUGGGAUAAGGUCGCGCUCCCCGCCAAUGGAGGUGAUGUUGGAAAUAUAUCGCACGCUGAAAUCGCUCGGAAUGGAGUGGAAGACGAAAGAUCUUCCGGCGGAUCCACCGCGUGGAGAUGUCGACGAUAGUCGCGUGCAGGACCUCUUCUUCGUGGAGACACGCUCACGUAUUAAGAAUGUUAUCAUUCGCAUGGAUCUUCAGCUGUAUCGCGUUGAUGAAAGUAACUAUCUCGUCGACUUUCGUCUUGUUGACUACUUCCCCAUUGCUGCUACAUCUGAUGACUAUAUACGGCACGAGGGAGUAGCUGAGGAGCGAGAGAAGGAGCAUGAAUAUGGACAUGAACACCCCCAUGGUGCUAAAAGUCCAGGAGAAAGCCACAGGAGCCACAGCAACAGCGUUAGCGCCAGCGCAUCAGAGGGCCAUAGCACACCCAACGUUGACAGGCUGUCAGACACUAAUCAGAAACUAGGGCAAUCAUACGAAGGCGAUGUGUGGUCGCCAUUCCUCUUUCUCGAUUGUGCAUGCAAGCUUAUAGUGGAAUUGGCUGGAGCGGGUGCGUAG